AUGAACAUCUCUCACUUUCUGUCCUUGCUGCUCCCAGGAUCCCCACAGGUUCAAAACAGGAGUAAGUCAAAGGGCAUCCUGUACAACUUCUCUGACCACUGCCAGGAUUCUGUAGACCUGAUAUUCUUCAUUGUCACCUCCUAUAGCAUUGAGACCAUUGUGGGGGUCCUAGGCAACCUCUGCCUGAUAUGUGUGACCAUUAGGCAGAAGGAGAAGGCCAAUGUAACCAACAUGCUCAUAGCCAACCUUGCUUUCUCUGACUUUCUUAUGUGCCUCAUCUGCCAGCCACUCACGGCCAUCUACACCAUCAUGGACUACUGGGUCUUUGGCGAGGUCCUUUGCAAGAUGUCAGCCUUCAUCCAAUGUAUGUCAGUGACAGUCUCCAUUCUCUCACUUGUCCUUGUGGCCCUAGAGAGGCAUCAGCUUAUCAUCAACCCAACAGGCUGGAAGCCCAGUGUCUCCCACGCUUACCUGGGGAUUGUAGUCAUUUGGCUCAUUGCCUGCUUCCUUUCCCUUCCUUUUCUGGCCAACAGUGUCCUGCAGAAUGUCUUUCAUAAGAACCAUUCCAAGGCUCUGGAAUUUCUGGCAGAUAAGGUGGUCUGUACUGAGUCCUGGCCACUGGACCAUCACCGCAUCAUCUACACCACCUUCCUGCUGCUCUUCCAGUACUGCAUCCCACUGGCCUUCAUCCUGGUCUGCUAUUUGCGCAUCUACCAGCGUCUGAGGCAACGGAAGCGGGUGUUCCGCAAGAGCACCUACAGCUCACAGGCUUGGCAGGUGAAGCGGAUCAAUGGGACCCUUUUGGCAAUGGUGGCUGCCUUUGCCCUGCUCUGGCUGCCCCUGCAUGUGUUCAAUAGCUUGGAGGACUGGUACCAUGAGGCCAUUCCCAUUUGUCAUGGCAAUCUCAUCUUCUUGGUGUGCCACCUGCUUGCCAUGGCCUCUGCCUGCGUCAAUCCCUUCAUCUAUGGAUUUCUCAACACCAACUUCAAGAAGGAAGUCAAGGUCCUGGUGCUGACUUGCCAGCAGAGCACCCCCAUGGAGGAGUCCGAACAUCUGCCUCUGUCCACAGUACACACAGAAGUCUCCAAAGGGUCUUUGAGGCUCGUUGGCAGGUCCAACCCAAUGUAG